AGCCAGAUCAGUCACGACAAAAACAUUGGAGUGAGAAGUGUGGCGGAAGAGUUGCUCGUUUAUUUUUAAUUUUUGUUACGGUUUCGGGGUUGUGUCAAGUUCAUUAACCAUGAGGAUGUGAAGAAUAUAUUAUCAUGUGGCGACUGCUGAGUUCGUUAACUAGAGGUUUUAGAUCGGUCCGUCCCACUCAUUGUUGUUCUCAAGAGGGUCCAGAUGACAAAUCCAGAAAGCGGUUUGAUUUUCAGUGCCAAUUUCUGUCCACAAGACGUCCCUGCCACACAUCUCAAAAGACUCAACAUCUUGACCACAGAGGAGAUGAUGCGGCAAAGUACUAUAGACGCUGUUCGGAGUCAUCUGCUAAGCUAGAAACCUGGAAAAGUCUUCCAACAUUACAGGAAAAGAGAGACCAUGGUGACUGGGUCUUCUGCAAUGUGGAUUUUAAGGAAAAACAGAGCAAGUGGGGAAGGUCCUGCCGAUGGAAGAGCAGGGAAAGGUUUUUGUGGACGCAUUCCAUACUCCAAGGGUUGGGAUGGGGUUCAGUUGUGGCCUUGACUUACUCACUGUAUCAAGGAUGGGGUGAUCUACAACGUGAGAGAGAGGCAAGGAAAUCCAUCCAUAAGUGGUACAGUGAGAAAAAUAAAUGUCAUAAUGAUUAUCAGAAAGAAAAUAAUUGGAAAAAUUUUGAAAGCAGCCAAUCCUGGAAUAAUAGCUUUGCCCAAAACCAUAUAAACCUAUGGUUGUUCCAGAAUGGGCAUCAGUAUCCCUUUAUUAGCUCUCUAGAUUCAGAUUACCAACAUAGGCACCCGAUUAUUCACCCCGACAUUGAUAUCUCAUCUGCUCAAGAACUGUCAAAAUCACUUUUCAGUGCUCUUUGGAAUCUAGCGGAUGUUCAAAAAGAUUUUAGUUUUGCAUUAAAGAGGAAUGUUAGAGAUGAAGGAAACCAAAAGAAUGACCAUCAGGCCUUUCAUGACAACAUUCUUGAAGAUUUAGAGGAAACCAAAACAUUAUCUUCUGUGGAUGUGUUGCACAAGCCAGACCCUGUAGAGGCAGAGUCAAAAGUGUACAUUGAAGAACAUGCUUUUGAUGCUCAAGAAAGUAUAACUGGAUCUGAUGCUUCUUACAAGCUUGAGAAUGAACUACCAAUAGAAGAACCUGUAAAAGUUUUUGAUGUUAAGGAGGUUGGAAGGAAAUCGUACUAUGAAGAUAGCAAUGUCACUCAAGAUAAUUUCAGCAAUGAUAGUGGUCACAGCUCAGGGACAAACAGGCCAAGCAUUCAGCAGGAGAAAGAACAGGAUAAUAAUGAAGAUUUUGAUGAUGACUUGAAAAAGAUUUUGGAUGAAGGUAUUCAAGACAUCAGAAUACUUCAGGGGGAGCUCAGAAGUGCGAUAGAAGAGGAUUUUGCUCGUAGCAAUGAGAGUUCCAGCCCAGGAGCAGCCCUUGUGUAUUUCCAAGUAGGGACAAUGCUUGGUGACCCAGAUUCGACAUUCAACCUGGCCCUCUGUCAUCACUUUGGCCGAGGUGUUAAGCAGGACAUGAAGAAGGCCCGCAACCUGUAUGAGGCAGCAAGCAGGAAAGGUCAUGGAGGAGCAACCUUUAACUUGGCCAUUUUGGUCAGCCAGGGCCAAGGUGGUUCUGCUAAUUUACCUCGGGCAAGGAGAUUACUUGCUCUGGCAGCUGAGAGAGGUGUUGAGGAAGCUCGUAUAGCUUUGCAGCAGAUAGAUGAGGAAGAAGAGAGUGAGAAUGAUGUGUACAAAGAAGGUGGACUGAGCAGGACCCAGUCUGAACCAACACUCUCGUCUGCUCCGUCAAGCAACUGGUCAUCUUCAUAUUCAACUACAGAUCUUGAUAUUCUGGAAGAUUCAUUAGGCUUUGUGUCCAUGGAGAUUAAUGCCCGAACAAGGCCUGUGUUCCACCUAACAUGAAUAGCUGUUGUACUUGAUUAGGGAUGAUGAACUGCGAGGAUUGGAAGGUUGUUAGAUAUAGGAGAAAGAAAGCUAGUCAUUUUUUUUUUCUAUCAAAACAAAAAAUUCAAUGAUCUUAUGUAUCAGAUUUUUUUCUAUAUCUGGUUUCAAUUUGUGAUGAUCUGGAAGUUUUAUCUUUCUUAUUUAAAUAAGUUGUAACAGCUCUUUUGUAAAUUCUGUUACAAAAUUCUUGGAGUUCAAUUAUUGAAUAAAGUGAUAUGAAAGAAAGUAGGUUAGCAAUAUUUUCUGCUGAUAGAUUUUUUCAUUAAUUUCUAUAUUACCUAAAGGUAUUGAAAAUAUUGUUGUCAUGCCAUAUAUAUCUGUGUACAAAAAUUCAUGUAUUUUCACUUUCAUGACUUUUUUUCAAGUAAGGGAGAAUGCCACAAAUAUAUUUUUCAUGUUGUAGGUGACACUAAAGUUAAUAGCACUGAAUGAUGCAUUGAAAAUGAUACUGUGAGUGUAACCUGAUUUUUGUUUGUAGUUUUAAAAUCAGCUUACAGUGUGUUACUUUUAGCAAGACUUAUAAAGUAUUGAUUAUAGAUGUGCAGUUUUUCAUCAUUAUAACUUUUACAAUUUAAGAUAGUGCUGCAUAUCUGAUUAUCUUGAAGCUUGAAGCUUGAGGAUUCACAUUACUUCAGUUUAAUUUUAUUGACUUUUCUAUCAAGUGAUUGUUGGUUAGAAUCAAUAGUUAUUAAUUCAUAUAAAAUGUGAUGCCUUAUAUCUAGUUUCUGAUGUUGUUCCAAAUACAUUUUCUAUCAUAGGAAUCACAGCAAAUCUGUUGACCUUUGGAAAAUUGAUAAUUACCUAUUUAUUGAAAUUAGUGCUAAAUUAUUGAUAUUUAUGCAAAUAAGCAUUGUGAUUUGAUAUAAUAAUUUAUAUAUAACAGACAUGCAAACAAUCAGUGGAAAUCAACAGUAUAAUUUGUAUUUGAUUUACUGACAUGUGAUGCUCAACACAGGUACAGCCCUCUGUCAGAAAGAGUAUACUUAACAUCUUUCAAAGAUAUAUCAUCAUUUACUGGUAAUAAAACAUUGCUAAUAUGAAGUGGAAGUCCUACAUGUGUUCAUUAUUUAUAUACGCAUGAUAUUGACUGCUUUGCUAUCUGGAUGAUAUAGAUAUCAGAUAUAAGUUGGAAGGUUGUGUUCAGUGCAUGUUUAAUAUUUAUAUGUGUGAUAUUGAUUAAUUUAUUCUUUAUUCUUUAUAUAGAUUAAUAUAUCACUUUUCAGUGGUUAUUGCAAAAAUAUCAAUGAUUCAGGAUUGAAAUCAAUAAAUGCAUAAUUAUUAAAUAGAAAAAUUAUUAAAAGAGUAAUAUGUACAUUUUUGGAGGCGAAUUGAUAAGUAGAAUGAAAUAUACAGCAUGGAAACUUACUAUAGUGAUCUGAAUUAGGGUAAGAGGUCUUUAUUAUGUAUUCAGAUUCUUUACUCUGCCAGUAUAACUUGCAUUUAUUUGUUCAAUGCUUUGGGGUUAGAGAAUAUGUAUCUCAUUCUUCAAAAGUUAUGUUUAUUAGACUACGGUUAAAUAUUUCUCGUUCAAACCUGCAUUUUCUCCCACUUUCUCUUAAGCACUUCCUAAUUUUUCUUUCACUCUUUUUUUUUUUUUUUUUUUUACAUUCUCAUGCCUCAUGUCUUACAUUGUGUUUGUUCACCAUUCCUUCAUAUACUCAUUCUUAUACCUUAUAUCAAUUGAUUUAUUUUACAGUAAUGUAUAAUGUAUAUGUAUAUGCAUAUCUCUCUGUUCUAUUUGUGUCCCUUAAUACUUCACAUUGUUAGACUUCCAUUUUUGUACUGAAAUCCUUUUUCUUAUACCCUACAUUGAUUACAUUUGCAUAACUGAAGUUAGAAUGUUGUACUUAGUGCUAUGAUUUCUAGUUGAGAAAGUGUUUUAGCAUUCAGCUUGCACAGUUCUCCAUGGCCUGUCUUACUGUAUGACGGCAUUUUAUAUUGAUUGUUUCUGAUAUCCUCGGUUUGUCAUGUAGGUAGGGAAUGAGAUAGUAGAUAGUACUGAAUUAAGUUUAGUUUCUCACUAACAGGAUGGCAUAUAUUGAAGACUUUCAGUACUGUUAUUUGUUUUGGUGUCACAUGUUACUAGAGAGAAUGGUAUGGGAGAAUUAUUAGGAGCUGUCAUUGUUUUUUUUUCUCUCUCUCUUCAUAGGCCUGGAUUUUAUGAGGAAUUUGUGCUUGUUAAAGUUGUAGACAAAGAGACAAAAUAUGUGACACAAAUGCAGAAUGAUUAUGUUUUCCUGAACUGUGAUGUUAUUAUUUUCGAGUGAAAUUUGGGUGCAUCAAAAAUGUUUUUCCAAAGCAAAGUUGUGAACAGUCAUACUAUUCCAUAGGAAAAGUAUGAUUAAAUGACAAUUAUCAAUUUGUUCUACCUAAUUAAUAUAUGCUUCAUUGUUACAGUAAUGAGACUGUAGCUUGGCAUAAAGAUAUGUAGGUGGUUUUAAUCACCAAGAGUAUAUAUUUUUGAGUACAAAUGUAAAUAAGAUGAUAAUAAAUAUCUUCUCGUUA